AUGGGUGAAGCUGAAGAUAUUGCCGCCAAGAUUGGUGAGCUCGGAGAAGCGAUCAAGGCCGCCAAGGCAGAGAAAAAACCCAAGGAAGAAUGGGAGGGUAUCCUGAAGGAUAUGUUGGCUCAAAAGGCCAAAUACAAGGAAGUGACAGGCAACGAUUUUGGUCCUCCCAAGCAAGAAAAGAAGAAUAAAGAUAACCAAGAGCAGCAGGGACCAUCUGAGAAGAAUGCCGCCAAGAACGCCGCCAAAAAGGCUGCCAAAGAACAACGCCAGAAAGAAAAAGAUGCCAAGAGAGCCGAGAGAGAACGUCUUCAAAAAGAAAAAGCCGAUCGUCUCGCUGGAGUCGGACAGGAUAACUUUGGAGACAUGCCUCUUGUACAGUCGCAGGAAAUAACCGACAAGAUUUGGACCAAGGUUGAACAGCUCAAGCCAACCAUGGCCGGACAAGAAGUUCUGGUUCGAGGACAUUUGCAGACAACACGAGGGGUGGGAAAAGGUGUCUUCUGUGUGGUUCGGUCCUCCUUGUACUCUGUACAGGGUGUGGCUUUUGAAAGCAAAGACGGAGCCAUCUCCAGUGUCAUGAUCAAAUACAUUGAUGCUUUGCCCAGUGAGUCGGUGGUCGACAUGAAGGGAAAGGUCACGGUCCCCGAAAAACCAGUCGAUUCUGUCACCCAGAAAGAAGUGGAAAUCCAAAUCUCUAGUUUCCACUGCGUUUGCAAAGCCACACAGGCUCUUCCCUUUCAGAUGGAGGAUGCAUGCCGGCCUGACACUGGAGAAGAGACCGACGUGGGAGCAUACAAUGAGGACGAAGAAGUCGUUCCCGAUGAUGGAUUGGUCCACGUGGGUCAGAAAAUGCGUCUUGACUAUCGCUGGUUGGAUCUCAGGACUCCUGCCAACCAGUCCAUUUUCAGGAUUGAAAGUAAUGUGGGAUUAUUGUUCCGUGAAUGUCUCAUUAGAAAAGGAUUUGUGGAGAUUCACUCGCCCAAAUUGAUUGGUGGUGCUUCGGAGGGAGGAUCUGAUGUUUUCACUCUCGACUACUUUGGACAACCAGCUUGUCUCGCCAUGAGCCCACAACUGCACAAGCAAAUCACUUGUGCUUGUUCUGGAUUUGAACGAGUUUUCACCACGGGGCCUGUAUUCCGGGCUGAGAAUAGCAAUACCAGAAGGCACUUAUGUGAAUUCACAGGUUUUGAUCUUGAAAUGGUGAUUCAUGAGCAUUACGACGAAGUGCUCGAUUUGUUCAGCGACCUGUUCAUCCAUAUCUUUGAUGGACUCAACGAAAGGUGCAAAGCGGAAAUCGAGCGAGUCAGGGAGCAACACCCCUUUGAAGACUUGCAGUACUUGAGGCCAACCUUGAAAUUGACCUACGCGGAAGGCUGUGCUUUGCUCCGUGAAGCCGGUGUGAACCAAGGAGACUAUGAGGAUCUAAGCACCGAAAACGAGAAGAAGCUUGGAGACAUUGUCAAAAAGAAGUACGGAACGGACUUUUUCUUCAUGGACAAGUAUCCACUUGAAGUCAGACCUUUCUACACUAUGCCCGACCCGAAGAACCCAAAACUCUCCAACAGCUAUGAUUUCUUCAUCCGCGGCCAAGAGAUUCUUUCUGGGGCACAGCGUGUCCACGACCCUAACAUGAUCGAGGAGCGUGCAAAGGCUCACGGCAUUGACUUGAAGGACAUCGAAUCUUACGUGAACUCAUUCCGUCAUGGGGCCCUUCCUCAUGGGGGUGGCGGUAUUGGACUGGAACGUGUCGUGAUGCUGUUCCUUGGUCUACCCAACAUUCGUAAGGCUGCGUGGUUCCCUCGUGAUCCCAAGAGAAUUACUCCUUAA